AUGAGUACUCCUCCAGCUCAAUCGCAUGCUCGACUCGACGCAGAGUCACCGGUAAGCCUCUCUUAUGACCUUAUAGUCGAAAUCCUUUCAUUUUCUAAUGUGAAAUCUCUUAUGCGAAUGAGAUGCGUAUGCAAAUCUUGGAGAUCUAUCAUUUCUGAUCCUAAAUUUAUCAAACUUCACCUUAAGCAAUCGGCGCGAAACCCUUACUUGACACUAUCCCGUAACAUAGAUAACAUAGCCGACAACGGUAUUCCCCGCCCGUUUGACGAAAAAAAAGUAAUUUCCUUCCCGAUGCGUCGUUUAAUUCUCGAGAACCCGUCGAUCCUCCUUCCAGAUAACCUUCGUAUUGAAUGUCAAGAUAAGGAAUGUAAAUAUGCUAUUGGAUCUUGCAAUAGAUUGUUUUGUUUGAUUGGUUAUUCUUACUAUCCUGAAGAGUUUUGGUUCCGUCUCUGGAACCCUGUCAUACAUACAAUGUCAAAAAAGUUGGGGCAUUUUGCAGCAACAAAAAAUUUGAGGCAUAUUUUCGGUCCUUAUAUAUCCAUCCAUACAUAUUACAAGUUUGCUUUUGUUUAUGAUAAUUCAUCGGAGACAUAUAAGCUUGUAAUGUUAAUGUUGGAUGUAGUUGAAAAUAAAACUCAUGUGCGAGUUUUAAAUGUGACUGAUAAUGUUUGGAAAACUAUUUCAAAUUUUCCGGCGGUUCCUCUUCCUAAUAUAUAUACUGGUCAGGGUGGGAGUGAUGGUGUGUAUUUAAAUGGUCGUCUUAAUUGGUUGGCCAUUCAGGAUCGUCCUGUUAGUGAUGAUGUUGAUGGUUGGGAGAAUAUUAAGGCUAAUGAAUUUGUUGUUGUUUCACUUGAUCUGGGGACAAAAUCAUACACGCAGUUGAUGCCUCCAUGUGGUUUUGAUGAAAUGUCAUCUGUUAAGCCGCCAUCAUUAUGUAUAUUGAAGGACUCCUUGUGUUUUUCUCAUGAUGUCAGAAGAACUGAAUUGGUUAUAUGGCAGAUGAAGAUCAUUGGAGUUGACGAGUCAUGGACUCAACUCCUUAAAAUUAGUUACCAAAUUCUUCGAACUAGAUAUCAUGCUUUUGAUGACUUGGAAAAUUGUCAAUUGUUGCCUUUGCACCUUUCUGAUCACAAUGAUACACUAAUAUUGGCUAAUAAUCAAGAACAACGAGCAAUUCUAUAUAAUUUGAGGAAUAAUACAGCAAAGCGGACUAGAAUUAUCCAUGAAAUAGAAUGGUUCUUUGUCAAGGUUUAUGUUGAAAGCUUGGUUUCUGACAUUUAG